UGUGACCACAUAAUUUCUGUCAAGUUGUGUGCGUGUGUGUUCGUUAUGUCCAGCACCAGUGGUGUGCUUGUGAAUUUUGUCUCACGUGCAUACUUGUGGUUGCCGAGUUUGUGCCAAUGUGCGUGUCUCCUCUCUUACCUUCCUCCUGCACUUGGUUCCAGCGCUAAGAUUUGGACGUCCUAUUCUCUGCAUGGAAAAGACUCAAAGGACGCGACACGCCAUCUCAUCCACAAGCAAUGGCAUCAGUGGUGAAUAUUCUGCCGGCUGCCCUCCUGGGGUCAAUUCUGUCUGCUGUACUGGGCUCACUGCAGAUUGGCUACCACACCGGCAACGUCAACGCCCCUGCCAUGGUCAUCCAGGAGUUCUUCAACAGCACAUGGAGGGCCAGGUACAACGUGUCGAUGCCUGACCAGAAACUGACAUUACUGUGGUCGGUGUCUGUCAGCAUCAAGGACUUCGGUGCUCUGCUUGGGGCACUGGGUUUCAAAUACAUGGUAGACUCUUUCGGCAGGCGUAACUCCAUCCUCAUAGCGAACGGGCUGUCUGUAGUGGGGGCGUUGUUGAUGUCCUUGUCCAAGUUGGCAAAGUCCUUCGAGGUGCUCAUCGUGGGCCGGCUGGUGUUCGGAGUGUUCUGUGGGCUGGUCAUGAGCAUGAACCCCCUGUAUGUCCAGGAGGUAUCCCCCACCAACCUGAGAGGAGCCUUUGCCACCCUCAACCAGGUGGCCUACACCUUAGGAAUCCUCAUUGGGAUGGUGGUGGGUCUAGAGACGGCCCUGGGCACCUGGGACCAAUGGGACCUGAUGCUGUGCCUGUCCCUGAUCCCAGCCCUGCUGCAGUACCUGCUGCUGCCCUUCUGUCCUGAGAGCCCCCGCUACCUGCUGCACACGAGAGGCCAGGAGGCCAAGGCGGAGUCCGCCCUGUUGAGACUGAGGGGCAAUCCAGACAUGGUGCGGAAGGAGCUGGAGGAGAUGAAGGAGGGGGAAACCAACACCAAGGCCAGCAUAAGCAUCCAGCAGUUCUUCACCAAGGCCUCCUACCAGCAGCCUAUCCUAUUGGUGGUGAUGAUUGCCCUGGGCAGCCAGCUGUCGGGCUUCAACGCCAUGAUCAAUUACUCCACCAAGAUGUUUGAGGAUGCCUUCAGUGAAGCCAAAUACCUGACGCUGGGUGUGGGCGCUGCAAACCUGACCUUCUCUGUGGUGGCAUUCUUCCUGAUGGAGAAGGCUGGGCGGAGGAAGCUGCUGCUAACGGGGUUCCUUAUCAUCUUAGUGUGCAACCUGCUCCUGACCAUCGUGGACGGCCUACAGACCCUGGUGCCGCAACUUCAGUUCCUGCAGGUAGUUGCGGUGUUCUGUCUGGUCGCUGCUUACGAGCUGGGUCCCGGACCCAUCUCCUGGUUCAUCGCCGCCGAGCUGUUUGACCAGCAGGCCCGGCCUAUCGCCAUGGCUUUUACCAGCAUGUUAAACUGGGGAGGGAAGUUCCUUCUCGCCCUCAUCUACCCCCCGUUACUGGAUGUGUUGGGCGGCUACGUCUACCUGCUCUUCAUGGCCAUAGCUCUAGUUUCCCUCUGCGUCACCUGGUUCCGGAUGCCGGAGACCAGGGGCCGCAGCUUUGACGACAUCGCUGAGGAGUUCCGCGGGGCAGAGGGAAUUCUCAUGCAGAACAAGAGUCACUUCAACACUUUUUAAUGACCCAGGGAACUGUGAUGUAUUCUUUGGUCUCAGACCUUAUCUCUGCUAACUUAGUUACGUGUUGUCUAGUUAAAUGUUGUUACGUGUUGAGAGAUGUAAUAUUGGACACUGAAGGAGUUAGUCUAAUAAGCGUUUCAAAUGGAGACAGGAAUCCAUAAUUUUAUAUGCACCUCUACUUUAAAAUGCUGCUCUUCCUCAGGGAUGUUUUUUUUGCUCUUUUUUAUCCUCAUUGCAUGCGGAUUGAUUUUAUGGCAGGAUAAGACUAGAUUUAGUAACAAUUAAGUACCUUCAAAACUUGACUGGUUUUCUAACUGUGUACACAAACCUCAUGGGAUACCCAGUUUUUAAAUGGUUCAGCUGUAAAUCACUGCAAUCCGUUUAAAGAAAAUCUUCAUAAACUACAACGCCUUAUAGGAAUUAGUCUGAGAACCAAGAUGGCCACUAGAUGAACCUGAGUUUUUGCCUUGAUUUUAUUACCUCAACUGCCUUAAAUAUCCACAGAAAGUACCUAAGGGUUAAGAUUUCAACUUGAAUACCUUAGAAUAACGUCAUAAGUUUGCUACACCUCAACUAAAACCGAAAAGAUUUCAGUGUAUUCACUCUUUACCAUGCAUUUUUAAUAGGUUAUUCAUAGGUUAACAUCCUGGGGUUUUCUCAAGUUUUACCAUUACGGGGUUAUUUCAAAAUAAAAUAAAUAAUUUUAAUGAAAGAAUAAAAACAUUAAAUAGUUAAUGUGAAAGAACUAGGCCUGUCACUUUUGAGAAAUCAAGCUCCAACGGAUAUCGAAUAUCAAGCAUGCAUUCGAAUAUAUUCGGAUAUCAUGUAAAAAGAAAACACGUAACGGAGAUUCAAGAUUCAGGACUUUAUCAACUUAAUCAAUGUCAAGUGCCAGUAUGCAUGUACAGCGCAAACAAUGACACGACAACUUAAACAGGAGACAGAUGUCUAUAGCUAGUAGUAGAUAGUCUAUCUGCAAGAAAUUAAUUUCUUAAGGUUGUUUGCUAGGAACACCAGUCUAUCAACUUCAUCUGGAUCAAGUGCGGCUUUAUUUUUAUUCGCAAUUUACCGGCGGUGGAGAACACGCGUUCGGAGCACACAGACGUGCCUGACACCCACACAGGUAUUUGCGCACCCGUUACUGCCAUGAGAUGGCAAACAUUUAAAUAAAAACCAAAUGGUCUAAUCCAGUGCUUCUCAAAUGGUGGGGCGCGCCUCCCAGUCAGGGGGGGCACGAGCGGCAGAGGGGACUUAAGGUACGGCCACACUGAACGCAUUACGCGAGUCAGAGUCAUAGAAAAUCUGCAUUUUUGCCAAGGGAACCAUUGGUUUUGGCACGUAGAUGCGUCAGAGUCCUGACGGGAGAUCCUGGCACCAACCCGGGCUAGCCGGUCAUCGAAUAGGGCCCCAGUCAACUGAAAACACAGCUGAAACCGGCCGUCAUCCAGGCGGAGUUCCUGGAGGAGGUGGUGAAACUCACCCAGCUGUGAGUGCCUACGGAGGAUGUCAUGCAUCCAAACACGACAGCGUUUGGGUUUCCUACUCUCCCCGAACUCCCACAGCAAAAUACAGCGCAGCGAUGGUGGUGAUCUCAGCCAUGUUUUUGGAGCAAAAGAAAAGUAGCAGGGGAAAAAGGUUUUGGCAGAGCUCAUCUUGCUUCGUAGUCGCGUUUAACCAUUUUUGUGACACACAAUGAUCAAGUGUCUUAUUUUAUUAUUUUAAUAAGUUACUUAUUUUAUUUUAUUUGAAUUCUAAAUAAACCCAAUACCAAGGGUCAGAAGUUUUACCAGAAUUUUCAUUUUACAAAGUCAUGACAGAGGGACUUUGUGUCUUUAUUCAUGCUUGAAAGAUGAACAUAUAUCUAUAUACAUAUUUUUGAAAGGGAAUAAGCUGAUGAAGCUGACAAGUGACCAAUGUUGACUGUUUCAAAAUAUUUUGAAUUAAUUGCAAACCCCAGUGAAUCAUUUGCUCUUGUUUCUUUCUGUCUUGAGAUUCACACAGACUUAGCAGUCUUGUUUAAAUGUUACAAAUUGAGUUAAUAAACUAAACUUGGAAAUUAUUUUAAGUUGUUGCCGAUGUUAUCUCAGCUAAUUUAAUUAAUCUAUUUUGAUAAUAAGGUGAUUGUAUGAAGAAUGCUGGUGCCAGCAACUCAUACAGUGGUUUUCUACAGAUAAAUAAAUAAAUAUUAGCAGGUUCUCAAUAAUAUUUCAAAAAAAAAAAAAUUCUAGCUCCUAGGGGGGGAAUGACAGAAAUAAUUGAGAACCACUGGUCUAAUCAUAGACUGUAAAAAAUGGGCUACAUAACAUGCCACUUUGAAAAAGAUUUCACGUCAAAUUCGAAUGCAUACUCAAAUAUCGAAAUAAGAAGUAACAACCCUAGAAAGAACCUGUUUCUCAGUAGGACUUGUACUCUACUGCUCUAGGGUGCAAGGCCAUUAUGUGUUCUAGAUAAUGUCCCUCAAGUCAUAUGACAGGGCUGCUCUGAGACAGCUUCAGGGAAAGUAAUAGGGACAUUCCUUCCCAUGAAUAGGCUAGCGUAAUUAGAGUGCGUGUGUGAUACUCUCCCUCAUUGCCUACAUAUCUCUCCUCUCACCCACGCACUCACCCAAUCGACCUCCUGUAGCCUUAUUACUCUCAAUUAGGUGGCAGUGUUGUCAUGCUUUUUAUAUGCUUCGUUAUCAAGACAUAUUUAUAUGAUUUAUGGGUAACACUGUACAAUAAGGGUACAUUAUUUAACCAUUAAUUAACAUUGGUUAAUUCAGUAAUAAGCAUUAUUACAUAGCGUUAGCAUAGGGGUUAGGGUUAGAAUAAGAGUAAGGGUUUCACUCCUUAACCGAUUCAAUGAUUUAUUCAUUAAUACUUUAGUUAACCUAAACACCAUUAGUAAAUAAUUACUAGACCAUCAGUUAAUGUAAAUAAACUCUUAGCGAAUACUUAUUACUGAAUUGACUAAUGUUAAUACUUGGCUAAUUAAUGUACCUUAUUCUAAAGUGCUACCGAUUAAAUUGCGUCAACCUGAGAAGAAGUUUGAUAUUUCCUAUUCGUUUACAUGAAUAAAUCACCUGACAAUGUUUUGUAAGAAUGGGUUUGAUGGAAAAUACAAAGAUGAAUGGAUAACAUUUACUAAUUAAUGUAACUGAUUAUGGUAACAGAUUAGAAUCUUAACAUCCACAUGAUUAUUAUCUGUUUCUAUAAACUAACUAUAAACGAUAACCCUAAAUUCCAAAAGCUUAUUUAUUAUGUAAAAUGCAGUGGUUGUUGUUUAUGUAUUCAUUUAAUUAUCAUGUUAUCAUGUAAUUAAUUAUCAUUUUACAAAUGUUAUGGUUGAUUUACAUUGCCUGGUUGUGCUUCCUGUGUUUUUGUAAAAAUGUUUUCCAUUGAGUUAGAGCAAUAAAAAAACAAUAAAGUGGACCCAUGGAACCUGUAAAUCCAAUAAGAUCAAACUGAUGAAUCUAAUAAAUGUACAGAGGAAUGAAUCUGACGAGUAGAUUAUUUUAACAAUGUGUAGAACCAGUGAAAAGAACUCGGGACAAUCAAAGCAAACCAAAAUAUACAGAUAUACAGUAUUUGAUUAUUUGUUAUUAUAUAGUUAUUAUGCAAAAUGUAUUUUAUUUUUAUGCAUUCAACUAUUAAUUGUAUUUCUUUCCAUGGUUUCAUUAAUAUAAAUGAAUGUGAAUUUGAUGAAAAUGUGGCCCUUUGUAAAACCGAAAAGAUUAAUCUGAGGAGGCAGAAGAAUUUUAAGGGUAAAACCCUUGAGUCUGGUGAAUUUAACAAUAGUUAGAUAAGGCAAAACUCACAAAUUGGUGGAAUCCAAAAUAGUGAAAGCUUAUAACAAUGAAACAUUAAAGCUGAUGGACCCUGGAAAACCGAGGCAUCCGAUGAGUCUGAUCAAUUUAACAACAAACUAAUCUGAUGAGUCACAGGUUCAGCCAAAACCUAAUAAUUUGUGGUAUCUAAAAUAACAGGUAAGAUAAAAACCAAACUCAUACAAAAUAUAUGCACCAAAAGAUUUACACCUAAAGGUACCGUUAAUAAUAUAAAAUAUAUACACUA